AUGUCUCCUCCGAACAACCGCAUCGAUCUCUUUGCCGGCUGGCCCGCGCCAAGCCUCCUUCCUGUCAGCCUGCUCAAGGACGCUGCAGUCACAGCAUUAUCUGAUCCAAAUGUAUUCUUUCCGGGGCUUGGCUACGGUCCGGACGAAGGCUACGAGCCUCUAAGGAAGAACAUUGCAAAAUGGAUGACCGAGUUUUACCUGCCGGCGGAGCCUGUAUCUCUGAAGCACAUUUGCAUUACCGGAGGUGCGAGUCAGAACAUAGCCUGCAUUCUCCAGGUAUACACAGAUCCCGCGGUGGCACGAUGUGUCUGGAUGGUCGAGCCCGCAUACUAUCUGGCGCGACGGAUCUUUGAGGACGCGGGAUUCGGGGAUGGAAGAAUCCGAGGCAUCCCUGGAGGAGAUGAUGCUGAGCUGGGCGGGAUUGACCUCGCAUACCUGGAGAAUGCCAUGGAGGACGUUGAAAGGCAGUGGCAUCAAAAGACACAGCCACCAACGAAGCCCACAGCGCCUCACAGAAAGAUAUACAGCCAUGUUAUCUACUGCGUUCCAACCUUUUCAAAUCCAUCUGGCGUCACGAUGCCCAAAGCUACCCGCAGAGCCCUCGUGCGGCUUGCGCGAAAGUACGAUAUUCUUGUCCUCUGUGACGACGUGUAUGACUUUCUUUCGGCGAACCCAGGUAACGACGAGGCUACUUCACUACUCCCGCGGAUCGUGGAUAUUGACAAAGCUUUGGAUGGCGGACCGCAUGAUUCUUUUGGCAAUGUUGUCAGUAACGGCAGCUUCACGGAUCCACGCGCUCCGGUGGAGCGCCAUCACAGCUAA